GAAAGACACGAUACUGUGAGCUGCGAGAAGACAAUUUUCAGCAAGGAACUGGACUUAGCAAUGGCAACUGGAGGGGAUCAGAAUGGUAACUGGAAUGGCGGAAACGGCGGUGGAGGGAAUGGUGGUGGGUGGAAUGGUGGAAACGGUGGAAACGGCGGAGGGAACAACUGGAAUGGUGGGGGCGGUAACAUCGGCUAUGGAGGCGGCGGCAAUAACGGCAAUGGCGGGAGCAACGGUGGUAAUGGGGGUGGCGGAAACGAUGUUAACGGUGGAGGUGGUAACUGGGGAGGUAGAAACGGUAACGGAGGAGGUAGAAAUGAGGGUAAUGGUGGCAAUUGGAAUGGAGGCAGCCAUGGGAACUGGAACAAUAGUGGGAAUUGGAACAACGGGGGCAGCGGGGGGAACGGUAAUGGCGGCAACAGUGGCGAUUGGCGGAGGUCUGCUCGUUGCUACAAUUGCAACCAGUUCGGUCACAUUGCCCGGGAAUGCAACGCGCCCCGGCAGAACCAAGGUAGCGGCAAUUGGAACAAUGGCAACAAUGGCGGUGGACGAGGCUGGAACAGAGGACGUAGUAGCAAUGGAGCAAGUAGCUCUUCGUCGACGGGGGAGGCAACAAAUAUGAUUGGGAUUAAUCGGGAGUUGGAGGAAUCACUCAAGGCGAAGGCUGUUGUAUCCGAAAAAGCGCUGAAAGGUAAAGCAGCGGUGGCCGAGAUGAGUUCAGAUGAGGAGGAGGAGGAUCUCGCGGAGGAGCGUCUCGAGAAACGUAAGCGGCAACCUCCGACUUUGGCGUGUCAAGCCAGCCCGCCUGGCGAAUCGCCUUCGAAGGUAGGGAGGGCCUCGACUUCCGAACCUCCAGGCACUCCGCGCCAGGACGAGUCCUCGUGCCUUCGGAUGCCGAGCAGACGGGAACGGACUGGUACAGAACAACUCGGAUUCCCACUGCGGGAAUCUACCUUAUGGGAAGGUGCACCUGCGGCCAGCGACUUGAGUUUGGUAGUGGCACUGCGUAAAGCACUGCGUAAGUUCCUGACUAAGAAAACGAAGCCAGCGAUUCAGGACAUGUGUAGGGAGGCGGGGGUAGUCUACCAAGGUCGACCUGAUGCUACAGACGAGCUGAUAGAGCUGAGAGUUAUGUACUUGAGCACCGAACGAGCGCCGCAGCAAGCGAGGGCAGCAACUCCAAGACCACGAGGAGGUGGCAUCGUCAUCCGAGACGUCCAGGUGACGGAACGUGACCAGCCAGCUUGGAGAUCCGAACCCGGGCCUGGGAGUAAUGGCCAACGUAACGAGGACCCGGUGGAAUGAGCUCGCCAAGUACUUGGAACUGCGUAAACUAUGCGCGGCCGACCCCGUGUUAAGGAACCAUUGACUUCA